AUGCCUCUUCAGGGGGUCUCCACUGAGGCCUCGACCAUGCCGUCCCCUGACCUCUCGCUCCACAUCAGCCCUCCCAGCGGCGCACCGACACCGAUGGCGGGCGGUGCCGCUUCCACCGACCUGUGGCGGCGUAUAGGGUCUCUCAUCCCGCGAUCUGACUGCUCGCAGGCUCCCACCGACCUCUCCCUUGCGAACCCUUGUGACGCCGCAGAGAUCCCUUGGAGGACGCAGACGACGACACCAGAAGGACUGCGACCUCCAACGGCCUUCGGCCAUUGCCACGCUGACCUUCGGUCUUCCCACGGUGGUGCUCCCCUCCCGUCCGUGGAGGGGAUGAGGCCGAUCAGGGGAAUCCCCGUCUACCAUACCGGUCCCUUCCCCUUCUUCCCAGGCGAACCGAAAACGGGAUUCAGACAACAGAUUCCGACAUUCCCUUCCUGGACUUCUCCACCGCCGCCGCCGCCUUCCUGCUCCUCCAAUUUGGAACCGACGGUAGUAGGUCCUCCGUAUUAUCAUCAUCAUCAUCGGACGGCGGCGGCGGCGGCAAGGAUCAACGGGGUUUCGCCGGAGUCGAUGGUGAUGAUGAUGAGGGCAGAUCAUCAUCUUCAUCAACAGACGCAGCAGCAGUUCUCCAUGGGGAGCUUUGACGGCUCCCACGCCAUGGCGAGGUCGAGGUUUGUACCGAAGCUUCCAGCAAAGAGGAGCAUGAGAGCGCCCAGGAUGAGGUGGACCAGCACCCUUCAUGCCCGCUUCGUCCACGCCGUCGAGCUCCUCGGCGGACACGAGAGUACUUCUCUCUCUCUUCCCCCUCCCUCCCUCCCUCCUCCUCCAACUCUUACCAUCUCUCCCCAUUCUCUCUCUCUCUCUCCCUCUUUCUUGAAUCAACUCUCACUCUCUAUUCUCCCUCCCCCUCCCCUUCUCUCUCUCUCUCUCUCUCUCUCUCUCUCUAUCUAUCUAUCUAUCCAUCUAUGCAUCAAUUUUUUACCUCAAUUUCCCGCGCAACCAACGACCGCUAUUAUUUCCUUCAGGAGCAACGCCAAAAUCUGUACUCGAACUCAUGGAUGUGAAAGAUCUCACGUUAGCUCAUGUCAAGAGCCAUCUACAGGUAAAUCUUCCAUUUUUCCUACAAUUAAAUAUCACUGUUUUUCUCCUGCCGUUUCAUCUUCGGGAUCGUGUUCUUGCCGAAAAGUUUGCGUUCUUAAGAUGAUCUCCCCAAGGUCUCUCUCUCUCUCUCUCUCUCUUUCUCUCUCUCUCUCUCUCAUCUAUCUAUCUAAGUAUCUAUCGAGCUUUUGGGCACAUUAGCCAAUGGACACAGUCAAUGAGUGACUGAAUGAAUGAAUGAGUGGAUGGGUCUGCUGCACUGAGGGAAGAAGACUGACACACAUGCGUAGAGAUGGCUAGAGAGAGAUGGAGAGUAGGGAAAGUAGCCAUCAUUUCGCAAUAAUAAGAGACCAGGCCUACAAGUCUUACCAAAAUAUCAACCUCGUGGGUAACGAGGCGAAAGCAAGAAAUCUUCAUGAAAAGGAAAAUUUUGGGGCUAUAGAAACUCCGCUGCUUCUGCUUCUUCUUCCACCUACUUUCUCCCUCUAUUUUCCCUUCCUAACAUGACAUAAGAUUGGGGAGGUGAAGCUUUCUAUAUCUUCGUUUCUUUUGCCCGGUUUCUUUUCAUAACCCCUUCUGUGCGUUCUUCCGUCCCACUCACUCUUCUUUAAUGGUGGUUUUUGUUCUCUCGCCUUCGUAUUCGCAGAUGUACAGGACUGUGAAGUCCACUGACAAGCCUGCAGCUUCCUCAGGUAAUUGGUCUCUCUUUCUCUCUCUCUCUCCUCUCCACCUAUCUAUCUAUCAUUCUCUAAAAUGCUGCAAGUAUCUCAUGCUGGAUCUUCUCAACGAAGGCCAAUCUGACGGCUCCGGCGAUGAGGAUCUCCAUCUAUCAGCCUCCGAUCUAAACCUCCGACGGAUGAUGGUAACCGCCCACCAUGCCGACAUGGACUUCCCCGCCGGUGUCGGCGCAGCCACCACCACCACCAGGUGGAGCAACUCUAUAAGGUAAGACCUAGACGACCGCCCCCUUCUUCCUCCAUCUUUUCUUUCCCUCUUUUAGCCAUGGCAGCCUUUCCUAUUCUCUCUUUCUCCCCCAUCCCUCUAUAUCUCCGGUGGUUUUGAGAUUUUGCCGGGGAAGAGCGGAGCUGAGACUUCCGGCUCGUAAAAGCAGAUCGCUUUUUCAGUGGGGGAAGCUCGUUUAAGCCAUCAGCUGUGCUGAUGAACGUACGCAGAAGGACAUUUUUAUAUGCUCGACGUCUGCUCUUCGCUAAGUUCCCAUUUAAAAAAUUUUACAGGACUACGAUAUCGCGUGAAACGGGGGGGGAGGAGGGGAGGCCGUAUACAUCUAGGGCUUUGGAUUGUCCUCUUUCUUCCUCUCCUUCACAUCGUUUUUUGUCUUUCUCCUCCCUGCAUGGCACCGAUCUCGAACAGCGUUUUAACCUGACGUGCCCUACGCCAACUGUUUCCUCUCUCUCCUCUCCCUCUCUCUAUCUCUCUCUCUCCUCUCUAUGUCCACUGUUCGUUUGUUUUGUUUUAUUAGAUAGACCCACUGGGCACGGGCCAUCGUUCUAUCUUCUCCGAGCCGGGAGGUCUUACCAUGAUGUGAUCAAUCCUCUUUAGGUUCUCCUGCAAUCAUUCUAGGAAUUAGGUCUGAAGAAAGACGAAGACAAUGUGACCUGGUUUUAUUCUCUUCGAUACGUUCAUGCGCCGUACGUUCACCCUAGAAGGUCGCCAUUCUCCGAUGAUGAUUAAUCUAAAAGAUAUUCUGAAGCAUCGUUACACUUAGAGCAUUGUGAUAUUAAAUCAAGGAAUAUUAGGACAGUGUGGUCAAUGAUUUGGCGAUUCUAUAGUUUGAAGAACGGAGAUUAUGGGUGAUGGGAACUAAUAAACCUAAGAGAAUGUCUAUGUUUGAUAGGAAAUUAUUGCGUCAAUCUAUUAAUUUCUUGCUCUUGUAGGUUCAAUUAAUUCAUUAUAAGGCAUGAACUAAUUGGGAUUUUGGCUGUUACUUAAGGUAUACCCACUCUCCAUCGGAGCAUUUUCAUGGAAUAAUAGGGAACGAGGGGGGGUGGAGAGAAAACGUGAAGCUUUCUUUGGAUUCAUUGAUACUUAUUAGAAUAAGGUCAUCUAUCCUCUUAAGUUUUGAUGAUCCUCGUCUGGAAAUUUUGUUGAUGUCAUAAAUUAAUUCGAAGAUUUCACGGCACGGGAAAAUAUUAAGCGGAAAGAACUAAAAUAAGAUUCUCAGCUGGCGAAUUUGGCUUCAUAGCAGGUCUCAAGACAUGGAUGCACUCAGGUCUGUCAGCUUCGCUUCUCAAGCGGAGGUAUCAUCUCUCUCUCUCUCUCUCUCUCUCUCUUUGGAAUAUAAAUCCUGGGUUGGGACAUGACAUGAAUAUUGUUUGAACGAAGUUGUCAUCUCUAGCGGAGGUAUCAUCUAUCUCUCUUAUCUAAAUUCAAAUUAUAAACUUCUCAUCUCAAGGAGAGUAUCAUCUCUCUCCCCCUCCCCCUCCCCCUCCCUCCCUCGUCGAACUCAACCCGGGAUGUCGCAUAUGAAUGGCUCAUGUACUAGUAAACCAAGGUUGUUUGGCCCAACCCUCUUAUGAAACUGAUGUUGAUGGCAUUUCCGCAGGAGGACGGCACCUCUCCAUCCAAAGCGUUGACCAAGGCUCUUCAAGAACACAGAAAUCCUAGCCUGGAGUUCACCCUGGGGAGACCAGACUGGAAUACCACGGAUCACGUGUCGCUGUGA